UGCAGCGGGAGGGGCGGGCUCGGCCUGCGGCGCAGCGCUACGCGGCGUUCCGUGGCGUUCCGCUCCCGGCCCCGCCGUCGCCAUGGUGGUGCCGGCGCGACGCGUGAAGACGGAGUACAUGAAGCGCUUCAAGGAGCCCAAGUGGGAGUCGUGCGGCGCCUGCUACCUGGAGCUGCUGCGCUACCGCCUCAGCCGCCGCCUCCUGGAGCAGGCGCACCGGCCCUGGCUGUGGGACGGCUGGGAGCAGGACAGCGUCGGCGGCAGCGGCAGCAGCACCGCCGGGUCCCCGUCGCCGCCGGGAGCGGGCAGCCCUCCGCCCGCGCAGGAGGAGGAAGCGGCGGAGGCGGGACGGGCCGGCCCCGAAAAAGAAAGACAAGAUCAAGAAAAGCAUCAGAAAGAAGAGCAAGAAAAGACUGUAGAACAUACUUCCACAAAGGAAGCAGACAAAACUUCCACAAAGGACGCAGAUAAAACCAGCCGUACAGGACGACGUCCAAGCCAAAGUGCCUUGUCCAGUCGUAAUGAUCGAAGAUCAACCAGAAGUCCUCAAAAGACAGACGGACCAAAGGAGAAUAAACAUCCAUUUGCUCUCUAUGGGUGGGGGGAAAGACAGACAGAUACUGGAAGCCAGAAAACUCACAAUGUCUGUGCUUCUGCUUCAGUGAAUGAAAUUCAUGAAUCUGCUCUACGAGCAAAGAACAGGAGACAAGUGGAGAAAAGGAAGCUUUCACAGAGGCGAGUACGAUCAGCAGAAGCAGAGAAAGCUUGGCGAAUAAAGCCUUCCCCACCAGAUAACCCCUGGAUGACAGAGUAUAUGAGAUGCUACUCGGCAAGAGCUCGGUGAAUUUGGAUUCAACUUAGGCAUCUUCACAAGAAGUUAUGUAUAUCAGGACACUGGUGCAAGGAACCAAACUACUUAUGCAAGGUUUUUAUAGGGAGUUUCCAGCCGUUUAAAAUAUUUGUUAAAGUAUUUUUAUCUCGGCUACCUACCUCACAGUGGGGUGUUCUAGUUGGAGCCAUAACAUUUGAAGAGGCUUUUAAAUAUAGCUACCCAAAUUUUUAAACA